GCGUGUUCACAGAGUGCCUUUUUCUUCCUUUGCCUCUGUCGCCCACCACCACCACAAGCGAUACACGAUGUCGAUCGUCUUCCCGCAGGAGUUCCAGCACAUCCUUCGUGUUCUCAACACGAACUUGGCUGGUGAGGAGAACAUCAUGUACUCGCUCACCGCCAUCCGUGGUGUGGGCCGCCGCUACUCCAACCUCUGCCUCAAGAAGGCCGAGAUUAACCAGAAGCAGCGCGCCGGUCAGCUGAACAACGACGAUGUUGAUCGCAUUGUCAAGGUCAUGCAGAACCCCCUCCAGUACAAAAUCCCCAAGUGGUUCCUCAACAGGCAAAAGGACCCCAAGGACGGCGCAUACCAGCACUGCGUUGCCAACGACCUCAACUCCAAGCUCCGCGACGACUUUGAGCGCAUGAAGAAGAUGCGCCUUCACCGCGGUAUCCGUCACAUGUGGGGCGUGCGCGUGCGCGGUCAACACACAAAGACGACUGGCCGUCGCGGCAAGACCGUCGGUGUCGCCAAGAAGAAGGGCCUGUAAGCCUCUACCAGCGACGUCUUCUUUGGCCCCGUGUGCUUGUCUCUUCAAUGUCGUUUGUUUGUGGCUGUUGCUCUUUGCUUCUUGUGUGGUGGUGAACAACAGGGCAUCGAACCGUUGUCUGAGCUUCGCUUGCUUGCCUGCUCGCGUCUCCACCCCACAUUUGCACACAUACACACACAUAUAAUGCACACCCAUCCAGACACCAGACCAAGAGAGUGACGGCCAGAAUACACACGCCAUCACUCGAGUCACCCGUCAAGCG